CUUUCUGUUUACCAGUUUAGCAAUGAUUAACUGCUAUGCUUCUAUAAUAAUCCCUGGGCUAAACCAAAUCUGCAUUUUGAGCACUGAAUGGAAACCAAAAUGAGCUUCAGAGAUUUUGCUGUUGUUUUUCUGAUUUGGGUUCCUAUGGGCGUAAAUGCCUUAAGGUGCCCAGCUCCCACAUUGGAUCAUGGCUAUUUUCUCCCUGACAAAAAAUCAUAUGCAGAGAAUGAGGUUCUGUUUUAUGCUUGUGAUACUGAAUUUAAACCUGAUCAGGAGGAGUGGUGGGUGGCAACUACAUGUACGGCUGGCACAUGGAGCACUGUGCCUAAGUGUAUAGCAAAAGAUCAUUGCAUUUCUCUGAUAAUCACCCACGGUGAAAUCCAGGACAAGAGAGCAGACUAUGUGGCUGGGGACAUAAUCUCGAUAAAUUGCCAAGAAGGAUAUCACUCUGAACAUCCUCAACAAGUUUGUUCCGAUGGAAUGUGGGCCCCACAACCCAUCUGUAAAGAAAAUCAAUGUGGAGUUACACCGCAAAUACUGAAUGGUAAAGCCCAAGAGAGGGGGAAGGUGGUAACGUACUCAUGCAGCACCGGCUACGUGCUGGUGGGUGUUGCGACUGUGGCCUGCCUCAGCGAUGGACGAUGGUCUGAUCCUCCAGCUUGUGAAGCCAGGGGAGGAGGACGAGAUGAGACGACUACUUUGCCUAGGAGAGAGGAAGUGCCAAUUGAACGAUGUGGCGCCAUACCAGUAGUGCAGAAUGCAGAGCCGGAGAUAUUUGCCUGGAAUGUGCUCUACAGGUGUAAUCGGAGCUACAGAAUGAGAACUUCCCAUUCUCGGAUCUUCUGUUACACGGACGGACUUUGGACCACUCCACUUCCAGAGUGCACAUGGUGGUGACAGUGAGGAAUACUAGGAUCUACUAAUAGAGCUGUUCCUUACUGUGGAGGAGAAACAUGAAACUGUCAAAUUAUAAAGUUGUAAAUGACCUUGAAUAUUAAAUGGUCCCGUCUAUAAAGACCUUUUUAGAAAUCAAGACCAUCCAUAAAAUAAUCUACAUAUGAACUUGUUCUUGUCCUCAUUAGGUUGUAGCAAUUACGAAUGAGAAGUUUGAACCUUCUCAACUUAGCAACAUGUUUAGUUUGAAUUCAUUCUGCAUUGCAUCUAGUCCAAAACUGGCUUACUAAAGGACCCCAAUUUGUAAAUGGCUCUCAAAAGCUAUGCUUUAGUAAAAAUACAUCUUAUUCAACAUACAUUUUUUGGAAAAUGAAGAGCUUGAUAAAACCAUUGAGGCUUGUUGCAGGUGAAUGUAUGGAGAUCUUUUGGCUGUGGCCUUCACUUUGCUGUGUGACCUUGACUUGGCAGUAUGAUCUUCACUUGCCUAAAGUAAAAGUGGAAUGUGUUUUGUUUAAGGCUUGCUGUAGGUGAGGAUAUGAAGAAAAUUUGGCUGUGACCUCCACUUAAGUCUUUUGAAAGCCGUUUAUUAUCAAACAUAUUAAAAUACAAUGGUUACUAAGCAGUUUUAGUAUAUGCUACACCUGAACCUCCUAGGAUGGAGCAAUUUGAUUGGUUCGCUAUCUCGGGAAUAUUUGGCAAUAUCCCAUGAUUGAGAUCUGAAACUCGGGAUAUUGUGACGUUCGUCUCGUCACACAAACAAAACAAAAACUCUAAUAAAGUAAAAUAAUCCCGGCAAAAAGUGUUAUCUUGUUUAUUUUUGGAGUGUUCACGUGUAGUUUAUACAAAAACAAUUAUUCACCUCAGGCUCUGUGAAUAGUGGGGAAUAGCCCCACUUUUCACUUCGCCUUCAGCAAAUAAUUGUUAAAUGUUUGCCAUUUGCUAAACCCAUCAUAGAAAAUUAUGGGCGUGAUGAUGAAACGUAUGAUUACAUCUUUUUUAAAUUAUUAAAAUCCAGCCCAAAAAUA